AUGAGGCAGGCCAGGAUCGUGCGUGACAACCCUCUAGAGAAGGCGUUCACCACCAAGCUGCACCGGAAGUUCAAGCUGCUGAUGCUGCAUGCCAUAGCGACGGCGCUGAGCCUGCAAAGUGCGGAAUACUUCCUCGAGACGCGCGAGACGCCGCUCGGGUGCAAGUCGGACGAGCUCAGCCCGCCCGGAUUGGAGAAACGUGCAGAGCAGUCACGGGUGAUCACAGAGAAGGCGUUCGGCGUCGUGGUGUCGUGA